AUGUAUAACUCAGAAUUAACAUGGUUGGACGUUGAACAACCAGAUAAUCUCUAUACAAGCAUCGUGAGCCGACAAAGCAGAGGCAUAGAAGAUGGAUCUGACUUUUAUUUUGGGAUAAGGCGCAACACUGGUAACGAAAAUGAAGGAUAUGAAACACUGGGCGAUAUAAAUGAUGGAAAUAGGAAUAAUGAUAUGAAUCAGGCCACAAAAACACCUGGGUCGAGGGACACGUCUGAAAGCACCGUCAGAAUAGGAUUUUUGACAAAAAAGAGACUUGUUCUUGGAGCUGUUGCAGUAGUUAUAAUUGUUGCUGUCGUGUCAGCUGUUACGUCGCUUACAAUACAGGGUCAAGAUGGAGACGAACAAUUCAAGAAUAACACGGAAACAAUGGUUUGUCCCAAUGUGCCUUCAAAAGGAAUGAGCUAUCCCGAGGCAGGGAAAACAGGAACUCAAGGGCGUCGAUUUCUGAUCUGUUUUACUGACAAUCAUCCAUACGCUAAAUUCCAAAGCAAAACUGUUUAUAUUUUAUCGGAUGAAGAAUUUGAGUUUAAAUUGAUUUCGAAGUUUUUAGAUUCAACACAGCUUUACAAUGAAGUGGUGACGAGAUCUAGAAACUUAAAGGAGCUUAAAGUCACAAAUACGAUUGCGCUGUUUGAUUUCAAAAUCGAACAAAAGGCACUACUGAUCGAGACGACUAAGGACGUGUCUGUCAUCAUAAUUGAUAAUUAUAUUUACUCAUCGGAUAGCACUCUCAUUUUACCAAUAAAGUCGAUAUCGAACUCAUACGUCAUUUCUACUGCCUACCGCCUAUUUAACAACAACUCUGCAAAUUCACAAUUUGCAAUAGCCUCUCAAGAAAAAGGAAAUGUAAUCAAAAUUCAUUUUCAUUUUAAUCCUGAUUUUCCAAUAGAAAUAGAUGGAAUAAGAUACCGAAAUGGUAGUGUGAUGCUUCUCGUUUUAAAUGCUCUUGAAACGUAUGAAAUAUGGCACGAAGUAGAUACAUCGGGAACAUUAAUCGAAGCAUCAUCGCCCGUUGCAGUCUUUUCUGGACGUCACUGCCAAGAAUUAGCUUUUGAAAACAGCACCGGGUUUGGAUCUUGCAGUAAGCUUGAUGAACAACUUCCACCUAUUGAUAGACUGGAUAACAUGUAUAUAGUCCCACCUAACUAUAACAGCAAGGAAACAAUUUUAAAAAUCGUGUCUCCUUUUGACAACCGCAUUAUAUAUAAGAUUGGACAUAAACAAACAGAAAAAUCACUUAAACAAAGUGGAUACUUUGAAAUCACUUUUUUGCAUGAUGAAGUUGUUGUUAUAGAUUCUGAAAAGCCAGUAUUAGUCACUGGUUUCGCUACUGGAUCUGACUUUACAGGUGAUUCUUAUAUGAUUACUGUACCAGGAAUUAGGCAAUAUACAGAUAAAUAUCUAGUGACAGUUCCUGUAAAUUAUGAAAAAAGUUACAUUGCUUUGAUGGUUGAGGAAAAAUCACUGUACAGCCUUGUAUUAAAUGAUACAGAAAUCAUACAGUACUUGUAUGACAGGAAAUUCUAUGCCACUGUGACAAUCAGGGAUAUCAAAUUUGACGUACUAGUUUUACAAGUGUCGGGAGGAAUGUUAAGAAUUAAAUCUACAAAUGAUGCUGCUUUUGGGCUGGUCGUGUAUGGUCAUAGAUUAGCCGACGGUCAUGGGUUUGCAGGAAAAGCAGUGCUACCAGACACAUGUGUCGAUUCUUAUUAA